AAAACGCAGAAACACAAUCCAUCGAGCUUCUCGCGAUCGCUGCAGUUGCUUCUCGCGAUGUCUCGUUCUUGCUGCCUCGCCGUGUCAGUGCUUCUCGCGAUCGCCGCGACAUCCAGCGCCACCUUGCCGGCAUUGCUGCACGAGGAGCACCUCGAGGAGGCCACGGCCACGGGCCUGCUGGUCGCGGAGGGGGCGUCCACCUGGGUGGCCAACAAGGUCUCGCCGGCGCAGCCGUUGGAGGCGAGGCCAAGCGGCGGCAUAGCCACGCAAGGCGACGACCAGAGCUCGUCGGGUGGCAGUAGCAGCAGCGGCGGCGGCGAGCACGGCAAGGAGGAGGGGGGCAGCAAGGAGGGCGAGAAGCAGGGCAAGAGCUGCCUCACCAAGGAGGAGUGCCACAAGAAGAAGAUGCUCUGCGGCAAGGGCUGCACGCUCUCGGCGCACAGCAAGUGCGCCGCCAAGUGCACCAAGUCCUGUGUCCCCACCUGCUAGGGAGCCGUGGCCGAGCAGCCGGAGCCGGCGGCGAGACCUCGAUCGAUCGAGUGCUUCAGUUCUCUGGUAUAGUUCUUGUGUGUUGAGUAGACGAAGGAAAUAAGGGUACUUCUUGGAUAUAACAGAUUUCUGUGUAAGCGUGUUGUCAUUUGAUCCAGCGAUGAAUAGAUCAUACUCGCAAUUUUAAUCUUAAUAAUGUUAGUUCAAUUUGUCUGCA